AUGGAGAGGGAAAAGACUGUGAGGUGUUUGCUGCUGGUCUCUGCCCUCUGCCUGCCUGGCUGUGAAGGCAACAAGAGUGAGCUGCAGAGCCCACACAGCCCGAUGCAAUGGUUUGCCCCUCGCCUCCAGAGGAACCCAGAGUCCUGCCUGCCAAACCCCUGCCAGCACCAGGGCCACUGCCAGCUGGUGGAGGACAGACCAGUCUGCAGCUGCAAACCAGGCUUCACAGGGGCAUUCUGCCAAGAUGUGGUUCUGAAGUUGGCCUGUGAGGAAGAGCACAUGAAGAUGAUGGUGAGGAAGGAGGUGUUUGAACUCUUGAAAAUCCCCCUGGAGCUUGUCCACUUGAAGAACCAGGCAUGCAAGGUCUCAGAAAGGGAAGAAGAGGGUGAGCUGUUCUUUGCAGCCACUCUCACAGGUGAAAACCACACUGCCUGUGGGUCAAUAAUCCAGCAAAACAGCUCCCAUGUGUCAUACUCCAACGCUCUGGAGUCGGAGCAGGGGGCACCCCGGGGCAUCAUCUCCCGCCGGCCACGGCUGCUCGUGCGCUUCUCCUGCAUCUACGCCUACGAGCAGGUGGUGAAGCUGCCCUUUGCCCUCACUCCUGUCGACAAGCUGGUGCAGUUUGUGGUCAGAGAAGGCCAUUUCAACGUCAGCAUGGGGCUGUACAAGACCCCCUCCUACCUCCAGCCCUACCAGCUCCCGAGCACAGAUGUGCACAUCACAGACACACUCUAUGUCCUGCUGAAGAUAGAAGGACAGCACCAGCUCAAGUACUUCUUGCUGACCAUUGAGGACUGCUGGGCCACCCCAAGCAGGGAUCCCUACCAGCCUGUGAGGCACCAGCUCAUUGAGAAGGGGUGUCCCCAUGACGACUCAGUGAUGUACCUGAAUGCCAUUGGAGAGAGCUCUGCUGCCAAGUUCAGCUUCCAGAUGUUUCGCUUCGUUGGGUACCCCGAGGUGUUCCUGCACUGCCGAGUCCGGCUCUGCCUGCCUGGCAGCCCUGAGCCCUGCACCAAGCAAUGCCCCAGGCACCGGAGGCGCAGGCGGGCGCUGGCAGACGACUACAAUAAGAUUGUCUCCAUCCACCUCCUGACUGCUCCUUCCUUGGGAGCAGAGACCCACCACUCUGGGACCGACCCACAGGACCUGGGGGGCCCCAGCCCCUGGCUCCCUGGGGGCCUCAUCGUGCUGUGUGUGCUGGGGGUGCUGGCUGCAGCUGUGGCUGCCAGGCACCAGGUGCUGUAG